AUGUGUGGUAUCUUCUUUUCUCUGAAUCGAGGCAGUCCACUCAAACCUACCGACCAAGCUCUUGAUGCUCUCAAGUCUCGUGGACCUGACAGUUUACAGUCUCUGGAGCUCAUUGUCCCGGUGUCAGAAUCCCAGGAUUUCCAUCUCACUUUUGCUUCCUCGGUGCUCGCACUUCGAGGGGGGCAUGUCCAAGAACAACCGCUGGUAGAUCCAGCUUCAGGGUCUGUCCUGUGUUGGAACGGCGAGGCGUGGAAGAUUGAUGGUCAGACGGUCCAAGGCAACGACUCUACUCAGGUGCUGCAACUUCUUGUCAAAGCCUCAAACUCCCAGUCUCCGCAGAUUCAAGGCGCCAAGGCCAUUGCGGAAGCUCUCAACAAGAUCGAUGGACCUUUUGCGUUUGUCUUCUGGGAGGCCCGCACUUCAACAAUCUACUAUGGCCGAGACAGGCUCGGUCGUCGUUCCCUUCUCCUUCACCAAUCUACAUCUACACCAGAUCAACUAAUAAUUUCUAGCACUGCCUUCUCCCCAAUCACCUUGUCAUCCAGCGAGGUCUCCACCACUUCAAUCCGCUGUUUGUCACUCUCGUCCGGCAGAAUAGUCCAAGCCACAUCCGGGUGGCAAGCCCCCUUGCCUCAGAUCAACAAAGACACACAUCCAGUCGAGCCUCUUGCGGCAUUGCCCAUCCGAAGGAGUGUGGAGCAAACCGAACUGCACCUAAAACAGGCCAUCCGUUUACGAGUCAAUGACAUCCCCGACCACUCACAUGCCCAUCUGGACUCGAUGUCUGCGAAGGUCGCUGUCCUUUUCUCAGGUGGCCUAGAUUGUACCCUGCUCGCCCGGCUUGCGCACGAUGUACUGCCCCCGGGAGAGCCAAUUGAUCUGUUGAACGUAGCCUUUGAAAAUCCCCGUUCCUUGGCCGCCAGGAAAGAUCACCUUUCCUCGCCUUAUGAGUCAUGCCCUGACCGCCUCACGGGACGAUCAACGUUCCAGGAGCUUCAAGAAAUUUGCCCUGGGCGGUUAUGGAGGUUUGUUGCCAUCGAUAUCCCAUAUGCGGAGAGCCUGGCUCAUCAGCCCACGAUCAUUGAUCUGAUGUAUCCCCACCACACAGAGAUGGACCUCUCGAUCGCAAUGGCCUUGUACUUUGCUGCAAGGGGGCAAGGUGAGGCGGUCGCUACCUCUGUUGGUUCUGAUACCCAGAAAAUACCCUACACAUCCACCGCCAGAGUCCUGUUAUCAGGCCUUGGUGCAGAUGAAUUGUUUGCUGGAUACGCUAGGCACGCUGCCGCAUUCACGCGUGGCGGAUUUGAGGCUUUGGCGGAUGAAUUAGAACUUGACUUUGUUCGCAUUGGUUCCCGCAAUCUAGGACGUGAUGACAGGGUCAUGAGUCAUUGGGGUAAGGAAGUACGCUACCCAUUUCUGGAUGAGGACUUUGUCCGUCACAGUCUCGGACUUCCCGUGUGGGAAAAGUCAGGGUUUCGGACUGGGAGGCCGAUUCCAAAACACUAUGACGAAUCAAGGAGAGCGAGUGUAGCUGCAGAUCUUGAGCCUGGAAAGCUUCUCCUCAGACUUGUCAUGUGGGAUCAAGGUAUGAAGCUUACCGCAUCGGAGAGGAAAAGAGCCAUACAAUUUGGAGCCAAAACGGCUAAAAUGAAGAUUGGAAUGGGUCGAGCGAAAGGGACUGAUCUCUUGGAUCCUUUGGCCCCAAUACAGUGA